UUCAAAGUGUUGAACCCAUGCAAUUUAUCUCUCGUACGUUGUUUGCUAGCUACUGCAAAUGAGUUACUAGCUAUUAGGAAGGAAGUUUACCCUGCUGGUUGCCUGCCUCUAAAAUGGGCAUACAUAAUAAAUGGUGACACAGCCGUUGACUUGUCUUGUGUUGGCCAUUGCCACGAUCACAAAACUUCAAAAAACAACAAAUAGCAGCUUAAUCCAGAAACCACUCUGCAAAGUCCCACUAAUUUAGUCUUCAACUUUGGCCAAAUAAUAAUGAUAUAUAGUGGUAAAUAUGAUGUGAUGGAAUCUAAGAAGCCACAGCCUUUGUUUCAACAACAAUAUUAGCCUUUCCCUAAAUUCCACCGUUUGUCAAAAGUUACAACUGCCACAAAGUCCACCGGCAACAAAAACAAGAAAGGAAGUCAUAAUUUCAUCUUCGUAAAAGUUCAAAAUUUUCUACUUUGAAAUGAUGGUAGCAGUUUUGUAGUGGAUAGAGGAUAAGGAGAAAGAGUAAAAAUAGAUGGGGAAUUGUUUUGGAUCGGAGAUUUGUGACCCUAAUCCUCGUACCAAUAACCCCACCUACUCAACUAGACCUUCCACUCCAGAUACUUCGAAGAACUACAGUAGUGGUGUUGGAUUUUCGACUAGCAGUAGUACCGGGCAUAGCCGUUUUUCAGUGGCCGCAAGUGAGGACUCAUGUUUGAAUGGAGAAAUAUUGCCUACACCAAAUUUGAAGACGUAUAAUUUUUCUGAUUUGAAGGCUGCCACAAGACAUUUCAGGUCUGACACGGUUUUAGGGGUGGGAGGUUUUGGGACCGUAUUCAAAGGCUGGGUUGAUGAGAAGACACUUACUCCAACUAAAGUUGGCACUGGAAUGGUUGUUGCCAUCAAGAAGUUGAACUCAGAGAGCAUGCAGGGAUUCGAAGAGUGGCAGGCAGAAGUGAACUUCUUAGGAAGGCUUUCACACCCAAACCUUGUUAAAUUGCUGGGAUACUGUUGGGAAGACAAGGAACUGUUACUUGUAUAUGAAUUUAUGCCAAAGGGAAGCUUGGAGAACCAUCUUUUCCGAAGAAGCACAGCUAUUGAACCACUUUCUUGGGAGCUGCGGCUCAAAAUCGCCAUAGGAGCAGCACGAGGCUUAGCUUUUCUACACUCUUCAGAAAAGCAGAUCAUUUACAGAGAUUUCAAGGCCUCAAAUAUACUGCUUGAUGGGAGUUACCAUGCAAAGCUAUCAGACUUUGGGUUAGCUAAAGUGGGGCCUUCAGCUGGGAACUCACAUGUGACUACUCGUGUCAUGGGCACAUAUGGUUAUGCUGCUCCUGAAUACAUUGCAACAGGUCAUCUGUAUGUAAAAAGUGAUGUAUAUGGAUAUGGUGUCGUCUUGCUUGAGCUUUUAACAGGCUUACGAGCACUUGACACAAAACGACCUAGCGGGCAGCAUAAUUUGGUGGACUGGAUGAGACCGAUGCUUUCUCACAAAAGGAAGCUGAAGUCCAUCAUGGAUGCCCGAAUGGAAGGCCAAUAUAGUUCAAAGGCAGCAACGCUUACUGCUCAGCUUAUUAUAAAAUGCCUGGAAGGAGAACCUAAGAAGAGGCCUUCCAUGGAAGAAGUAGUGGAAGUGUUGGAACAAGUUGAAUCCAUAAAGGAGAAACCAAAAGCUCCCAAAAGCAAAUCCGAACCUUCAUCUCAUCGAUACAAGCAAUCGCCGAGAAGUCAUCCUUCGCCACGUGGUGCAAGCAACCAUGGAUUCGGAUCCGGAUCUGGAAGAUGACAGCUACAACUGAAAAGGCCAAUGCUUGCUGCAGAAAAAUGAGUUUGUUUAUACAUUUAAUUGUAUUGAAUUUGUUGUAAUCCAAUCCAAUUUGGUUAAUCAUUAUUUUGGAUAACAAAUUUUGAUUUAUCUGUCACCCAUAAACUCCAUGGAAAUGAAUGUAUUACUAUCGGUUAUAACUUAUAAGAAUGCUGAUUUCAUUUG